CGGACAACCAACGAACGCCCUCGCUCGUCUUCAUCGUCUAGCGGCUGUUUCCAAAUGGCAACGACAGCGGACGACCAGCGGGAACCGGAGGACGUCGCUUCGCUGUCGACGCACCACCACGGCGGCCACCUCAAGGGCUACAACAACAAUAACAACAACAACAACAACAAAGACAGCGAGGCGGCGGCGGGAGAGAGCGCGACGUCGACCACCACCACCACCACGGCCGGCGGCGGCGGAGGCACGACGGAAGCCCGCGGGACGGCGUCGCAGGGCAUCGGUAACGGCUCGGUCAUCAACCCCACCGGGGGGAACAACGGGAAGUGGGUCCGGCUGAACGUCGGCGGCACCGUGUUCCUCACCACGCGGCAGACCCUCCUCAAGGAGCAGACCUCGUUCCUGUACCGACUGUGCCAGCAGCAGGACCUGCACUCGGACACGGAUGACUCCGGGGCCUACGUGAUCGACAGGGACCCCACCUACUUCGGGCCCGUCCUCAACUACCUGCGGCACGGCAAGCUGGUGCACAACAAGGAGCUGGCUGAAGAAGGGGUCCUGGAGGAGGCGGAGUUCUACAACAUCAGCCCACUAAUCAAACUGGUCAAGGAGAGGAUCGUGGAGAGGGACUCCAAAGCCACGCAGCAGGUGCCCACUAAGCACGUGUACCGGGUGUUGCAGUGCCAGGAGGAGGAGCUCACCCAGUUGGUCUCCACCAUGUCGGACGGCUGGAAGUUUGAGCAGGUCAGCGUGCGCGCCUGCAGAAAGCCCCGCACCGGACUGCUCUGGACUAUGGUGAACAUCGGCUCGUCGUACAGCUACGGCGCCGAGGACCAGGCCGAGUUCCUGUGCGUCGUGUCCAAGGAGCUCCACAGCCCGGGCUCCGGCCUGGCCGCCGAGCACAGCCACAAGACCAAGCCGGCGGAGAAGCAGAAGCAGGAGGAGAAGGAGGAGGAGGAGGAAGAGGAGGAGGAGGAGAAGGGGGAGGAGGAGGAAGCCGCUAAGGAGGAGGAGGUGGAGGAGGAGGGAGGGAGAGAUACCACGCCAAAUGAGUGGCUUACAGAAUGAUUUUUCCAGAUCCACGGGUCCCGGAUGUCCCAGAAAUAUGAGUCCUAUCUAUUUUAAUGCCGUGUCAUGAAAUUAAUUUAUCCCUCAGUGUCAUGUGGGGGGGGGGUUGUUGACGGGCACAUUCACGAAAACCACAGGAGGCGGAGGCGUCGCGAUAACGGGGUGUAAAUAAUCUCCAGGUGUAUAGCCUCGAACGCAUCUACGAGCGUCACGCCGCGGCUCAUCCGAAAACACCGAUGGACAGAGGCGACGGGAAGUGGGGCGAGAAUUAGGGGUUUUCUUUCUAAGCGUUUUUUUGCAGGUACAAGUAACUCAAAUAAUUGCGUUCAUCUGCAGUGGGCGGAGCCCCAAAAAACACCCCUCGUUACUCACAGCGUCGGCUCUGGGUCGUUUAAAGCGCGUGGCGGGAUGACGUCGUCGUUGGUUUUGGUCUUUUUAUGGAAAUCCGUUGAGUUUUAGGAAAAGAACCAUCUGAAAUACCGCAAGACUUGUUAGUUUUUAAAGUGUUUAAAUAAAGCUUCCCUGCACUGACCCUAAAACAAACCAACCCUCCUCACCGCUUCACGUCCGUAACACCGAUGCUCUACAGACGUGAAGCGGCUCAGAGCUUCAACUUCAGACAAUCGAGAACCACGGUCACCGCCGGCGACGCUUUUGAUAACAUUUUGAUAAUUAAAUCUACAGUAAAAAAGUUUUAAAACAGGCGGAAAAUACAACGUUGUUUUUUGAGUGCGAUUAAAAAGUAUCCCGUCCCAUUUUUAAACCUUUUAUUAGCUGUAAGAGCCGAGAGUAGUACAUGUUAGUGCGUCUGAUAAUCAUAGGGAGCAGGGGGGGCAGGAAAUACCUGUUUUUAUAUUUUUGUUUGCUGUGCCUGUUUUUUUAUUUAUUUUUUAGGGCUGUGAAACGAUUAAAAAUUUUAAUCGGGUUAAUCACAGGUUUUUGUGGAUUAAUCAUGAUUAAUCACAUAUUACCGAUA